AUGGAGCCGGGAGAGGAAGAGGAGGAGGAAGAGGAGCGGGUUGCUCCUAUUGCAACAACUCCACCACAUUGUGGCUGGAAAGAGGAAUCCUUAAGCCGCAGCAGUAGUGAAACCCAGGCGUCGGUAACCAGUGGGAUCUCCCUAGGAGAAGCAAUACGUCAGAAAACUGCUGCUAACUGGGGAAUCGAGUCAUGGUAUCAGCUUCCAGCAGAAGUGGAUGCCAGCCGUUUAACUACUGCCUCAGAGACAAAGCUUGGCCUGACUUGUGACAGGAACGACCUGACAGAGUUCCCUACGCUGGAGGAAGGAGUGUUGCUUUCAGCAGAAGCAUCUAGAAGGCACUCUUCUGGAGAUAGAGCACAUGGCUUGUUGCUGGAUAUUCAGGACAGUCAAUUCUCUCCCCGUCUUCCACUGCUGAUGUAUUCAAUACAAGGCCAAAGGUUUUCAGAUGAGACGCUUCUCCAGCAAUCAGAAAUGGAUUUUAUUCCCUUAAGAGGAGUCCCUGAUGUUUCUGGUGCGUCUGAGGAGCAUUCGAAGCCCUCGCACACCCGUGAAGCUGCGUCACUGACAGACACAGAAUCUCCCUCUGAUGCACCCAGCGACUGCUUCACUUUGUCCCAGCAUCCUCUUCCAUUCAGACAUGUGGAACCUUGUGAUGCCAGCUGUAGUGGUGGUUUGUCUCACCAAACCUCUUUUUCUGGACAACUACUUGUGAGCAAGGAGGCAAAUGAAGACUGUAAAAAUGUUACUAAUGCAGAGACAUCGAUUCCCCAAACAAGUAACAAUUUAGGAAACGCUGUUUCAAAGGUGAUGCUAACCAAGGCAUAUAGACUGAACCAAAUGGAAGCGUCUCUUGCAGGGCAGACCUGUAGCACAUCUGUUAAAGAUGAACAUUCCUUCCAUGACAGCAAUGUACCAGCUACUGGUUUUGAGCUUUCAGAGAAAGAAAAAGGAUUACUGAGGCUUGAUGAGUUCUCAUCUUCAGAAAACUCCUCUUGUAAAACAGCACUGACUAAGAAUUCAGAAAAAAGUGAGGGAGAGAUGCAAAAGGAAGAGGUAAAAAUGGCUGAGAGUGAGUCAGAAGGAUGCAUGAGGCAGUCAGAGAAGCUGGAUAAAGGAAAGACUGUUCCUGAGAUUGAUUUGUCUAAUAAUUUGUCUGAUGAUUUGAGGAAAGGCAAUUGUAAAAAUUCAGAUGCACAAGAUGUUUCUUCUGCAAAGACUUCUAAAAUAGCCAAACUGUCAAAGGAACGUGAAGUGGAUUUAAAUGGCUCUGAAAGCUUGAAGUUUGUGGCGGUUACUGAGGAACUCCAGGGAGCUUUCCUAGAUCAUCAGCAGAAACAACGAUCUCCUGCAGUGAGAUUUGAAAAAGAGGAGUUUAUCCCUACGGUGACAAGCACCAGUGGUUGUGCACCUAAACAAUUAGUGGUGACUGACAUGGAAGCUCCUUCUUCAUGCAGUGAGGAAGCCCCAGUGGAAGUAGAACCUGGAGCAGGCAGGAGUGAAUUAACUAUUUCAGAUUUUUCUAUAGAAAGGGGACAUAAAGUUACAGGCAUUUCCCCUUCCUUUAAUCUUGUAGGUGAUGGCUCAUUCUCUGUACACUUUGCUCAUCCAAGCUAUCAGUCUACUCCAGGGGUAUUUCUACAGAAAAAUGCUAAGGCAGAAGAACUUGGUGUCUUUGUGAUCAAAUCAGAUGUUCAGGCCUCUCCUUCAUGCUUAAAUGAAGAAACUUCAGGGACCUUGUCUACCAGUACACACGUAUCUGUUGAGAAGCAACAUUUACUCCAAUGUGCUCAGAAAGAAAAAAAUGAACAUUUUGAGUCCUUAAAAUUGAAAUAUCCCCACACUGGACGAAUUCAGUCUCUCCCAUCGCUCAGUUUCAUGGAGAAGGUAGGGGCUUGGAACGUGAGCCAGCCGGAGGAGGUAUCUGAUGCAGUGACUUCAUGUGGCCCAGGUGGAGCUUCUCCUAGAAGAAAAGCCUACAGCGCAAUUGCCAGGUCUUCAAACAAUAUUUUGUCAACACAGAAAAGCAGUAGAGACCCCAAGGUUUAUGUUGCUGCUUCCUCUAGAGAGACGGGUUCCCUGGGAAGUUUGCAUUUUCAUAAUAAAAACUUACUGUUUGACCACCCUCUUACUAGAUCUCAGUCUGACAACGCUGUAAAUGUUUGCAGUAGGAGCAUGUCCUCGGUUGAAGUUACUCCACCAGCAAACUCAACAGAGGCAGUGCAGCCUCCAGAAGAAAAAAGUAAUGUUUUAGGAGUGUCUGAAGCUAGUUUGGGAGUCUCUAUGAUACAAAAGUUUAUGCCUGAGAUUGUUUCUGGAUCUAGUGGUGAAGAUGCAGAAAGUAAUAGUACAGGACAAAGUUCAGACCCAAAUGUUUUUGUUUCUGCUGAAGGAGUUGCUCAGCUCCUUAGAGAGGAUGGAAAUUCUCCAACUGGUGACCAGAAGAACUGUGAUCUUCGUGAAGAUCAGUCUCACAGUCUAACUGUUCCUACUGGCCAUGUCAGCAUGGACAAUUUCAGUGAUAUUUCCCCAGAUAGUUUGAUUCUUCCUGUUAGCUCUGGGGAAAGUAGCCAGGGGGGCUUGGGCUCUGCAGGGUGCUCUUCAGUGGUUUCCAGGCACUUCAUCAGCGCAGAAGACAAUAACUUUGUUCCUGUUGGAGGAACUUCUUUGGAAACUCCAGAGAAAGAAGAGCUUAAUAUUGAAGAAAGGAUCCCACUGUAUCUUCGCAACCUUGGCAUUGAUCAGUCACCUGGAACUAUACUGAAGCCAUUUGUAUCCCGAGGACCAAUCAGGGAAGUUGAAUUUUCCCCUUCAGAGCUUAGAACACUGAAGGACUCCACUGACACGCUGACGAGGGUCGCUCCGCAGCCACAGGGUAAAUUGCUGUCAGCAGUUGAAAUUAUGCAAACAAGUUUUAACUCCGGCAGCACUUCCACUCUCAGUAUGUCUAUCCCAAUGAAUUCAGAAGUUGGCUCUGGUACUCUGUCACCUUGUGAACUCUCUCCCUGCUUCUCAAGAUCUUUUGGAGACAAACCAGUGACUCAAUCCAGUAUGUCAUGCCACCAGCUGGAGAGAACUGCUCCGCUUUCCACACAACGGGAGGCGGAGUGUUCAGCUGUCUCCAAACUAGCUGAACCAAACCAGCAGCUGCAGACUGUUUCACCUGACUGCCAUUCUGACAGAGAGAGUCCCAGGCUUGUUGCAAAGAGUGUUCAGGAUCUGCUAGCUAAAAAUGAGUCAAAAGAUGUGACUAGCAGCCCGCAGAGAUGGACUGCCAGUUCUUUGGCUGGAGUUAAAAAUGAAAUGGAAGUUGACAAAGGAUCACAAACUUCAAGUGUAGGUAGUAAGAAAAAUAAGGGUCAAGAAAGUGAUUCUUUGAUUGGGUCUGGUGCACUGCAAGAAAUACGUAAGCUUUUAGCAGAGGCAGAUGAUAUAUCUGGCAGGUGGUGUGAUCCUGUCUUUUCUAAUGCCUCUUCUAGAGAAACUGGUGAGUCUUCCCCAGCGCUGAUUAGAAAGGAGGAUGGUGCCAAAGAUUCACAGUUAGUGAAAGACAGUGGCCUGCAGUUUCAGAAGAUACUGUCAUGGGAUGAGACUAUGACCCGAAGAAGUAUGCAAGAAGAGGAGUCGGCAGUAAAGCCUCUGAAUUAUAACACGUGCAGUUUAAGAUGGGAAAAUUCUUUUGAUAUCAGUUUGUGCAGUGAAGAGAUGAUGAAGGAACUGACCAAAGAGUUUAGGACAGGAAAAGCUGUAGGAAGGUCUGAGCCAGAAGGCUGUAGCAGUGUAACUACAGACAGAAAUCAGCCUGGUUUUGUGGGUCUUGCACAAAGCAAUGGAAGUAGUGAAGUUGGCACUGGAAGAACUUCGGAGUUGGGGAAUCCUUCUUCCUCAGAGCCUCUAGGCAGUGUCACCGAUGUCGCAGGAGGCUUCCAGAGCAUGUUGCCUAAAGCUGGUGUAGCCAGAAGUAAGGCGGGAGGCAGGCGAGAGCACCAUGAUAGUAGCAGUGGAGAUUCACUAGCUGCCCGUGUGAGAAACCUCCUGGGGAACCCUUCCUCCUCAGGGUCUCUAGGCAGUGUCACCAAUGUCACAGGAGGCUUCCAGAGCAUGUUGCCUAAAUCUAGUUUAGCUGGCAGCAAGGCAGGAGGCAGGCGAGAGCAUGAUGAUAGUAGCAGUGGAGAUUCACUGGCUGCCCGUGUCAGAAACCUUCUGGGGAAUCCUUCCUCCUCAGAGCCUCUAGGCAGUGACACCGAUGUCGCAGGAGGCUUCCAGAGCAUGUUGCCUAAAGCUGGUGCAGCCAGAAGCAAGGCGGGAGGCACGCGAGAGAGCGAUGAUAGUAGCAGUGGAGAUUCACUGGCUGCCCGUGUCAAAAACCUUCUGAGAAAUGGAUCACCUGUCACACAUACAACACAGAUUCUGAAGAGCGCGGAUGAAGAGGAGAGGAAAACACGAGCAUGGAUGAAGCUAAAACUGGCCAGCCGAUCUCAGGAAUCUGUGUCAGACUUGAAUGAAGAGGACCAGCAAAAACUAGAGGAAAUAAAGACAGAGCUGCUUCAGAGUGCCAAGAAAUCUGCACUAGCCAAGGAUCCAUGGGUAUGUCUUUCGGAAGUUGCUUCUGAGUAUAGCCACAGUCAGGAACAGGACGUAGAGAGUUUCAAAGCUCUGAGUGACAAAAGAUUUCAAACUGACAAACAAACACAAGCCAUCAGGACUAAGGAGAUUAUACAGUCAAGUUUACGACAAGCCGUGUCAUUACAUAAAGCUGAUUCUUCUGAUUGUUGCCUGCUGAAGGAUACGCAGUUUGAAACUUCGAGUACUGUUCAGACACUGAUGGGCAACCAACAACAAACAGUUGCAACUAGUCAUUCUGAUGCUGUUGAACUUCAUCCACCAUUGCAGAAGGAAUGGGUUGCAUGUGCAAUGAGGUCUGCAGCUGCUUCUGAUAUUCCAGCAGAAGUCCAUUUACCAGAUCAGAAGAAACUCUCUAUGGAAAAGUGUUCUGAAGAUAUGGCCAAGCAAAUUACUUCUAUCACGUUUUCAUCCCGAAAACGUUUGCAGUCACCCUUGACUUCCAUGGCAUGCAGCAGUAGUCAUGCUAGAGAUGGUCUUGAUGGGAUAAUGCCCUUGGAGGUUGACUCUGCUAGCACUGAGGAACAGAGCCGUGGUGAACAAUACAGGGAAAGAUCUAAGACCUGUCCUUCAAGUCCAACGUGUGCUGGCUCGGUGUCUAAUGAGAUUGGUUUUGCUGCUGAGAAAGACAGGUUUCCUCAUGUCUUUGCUGACAGUAACAGAGUUGGAGCUUAUCAAGAAACAGACUGUUUGUCAGAUCAGGAUUCUGUAAGCAUCCAUGCUGAUAAAAGACAGACCCUUAGUAUAAAAAAUUCUGAUGCUCUGCCUCAAGAUGUGACUGAAUUGGGCAGGCGUAGUGCCAGACUCGUGGGGCUUGACUGUGAUACAAGAUUCAAUCAAGAAAUGAAUAGAUAUAAUCAACCCCAUCCUAUAAGCUCUGACCAGCAGGAGAAAAGAAGCCCACCUGGCCACAUCCAAUUGAAUGAGAGCUUAGAAGGCUCAAGUCCAGCAGUACAAACUGAUUUGCUGAAGGGCCAUAUUAAGCUGUUGGCAGAAGAGAAGAAAAGUCCUUCUGAUGAAGUACCUCUCAUUCAGAAAGGGGUUGCAAGAGAGCAAGUUGGUCAGCCCUUACUGCUGCCAUAUAAACCUUCUGGAAGCACUGGGAUGUAUUAUGUUCCUUAUCUAAAGGCAGGAUCCAAAAUUUCUCCAGUUGAGUCAGAAACCAGUGUUGAGAGCUCUCACUCAGGGUCAGAUGAUGUUCUUCCUCCAAGGUCUCCAGCAAACAUGCUUGGUUUACGGGGUGAUAAUCAUGCAGACAGCACGGCUAUCACGUGUAAAGAAAGAAUCUACAGGCAGAGGGCCAAGCCCAAGCUAGCCUGGGCUGAGGAGCAAAUGAUACCACUGGAGGCUUCCCCAGAACGCACAGAUCCUUCGAAGUCUGUAAAAACCACUCAUUCAGUCUUCAAACCUGCAGGAUUCUACCCUCAUCGCCCAGCGCCCAUGUGUGAGAGCUACCUCCUGUCCAACAGCGAGUUGUCGGAAGACAGUUCUGGUACCAGACAGGCUAGGCCUUCCUCAAGUGCUGUCUUGCAGAAUUGGAAAAAAACACAUCGUCAUCAGCAUGUUUUUUCUGCUCGUCAUAAAAAAGAUGGUGAAAAUGAGUUCUGUCCACUCCCUGCAGAAGCAGAUUACAGCAAGAACGAGGAUCUAAACGUUAGCACGUCUUUGGGGAAUGAAACGUCAGGGACGGAGCUACGGCAACGUGGCAGAAGAGAAGCAGAGCAAAAGGAAGCUAGAAAUUACCCUUUGCCAAGUAGCCAAACAACUCGCCUUCAUGAGAACGUGCAGAAAGAUCUACCACCGAGACAGAGAACCCGCUCCACUGGUAGCUUAGACGAUCUCUGGAUUAAGUUUUUGGAGUGCCAGAAGAGACACCAGCACGGUGAUUUUAGGAGUAACGGUGAGCUGUCCCUUGUUGAACGCCUCGAUCGACUGGCCAGGGUCCUUCAGAAUCCCAUUAAGCAUACACUAAUACCAACAAAAUCUGAAAAGAGUGUUUCUGAAAAGAAAAUAAAGGGAAGAGAAGAGAAGAAAGUAAGAUUGCCAGAAAAGAACAUGUCUGGAAGUACCUUAGAGCCUAAUGCAACACAUGUUGAAGAAAGACCACGUAUCAUCCAUGGUAAAAAUAACCUUGUUGAGUUCAGGAAAAAUAGGUCAGGAGAGGAUAUUAUCCACCACGUGAAUUCAAUUUUGGAGCACCAGCAGUACUUGGAAACUCCUAGUGACACUUCCUCAGAGAUAAGGCUUAGCAGAGAUCACAGCACCACGAUCAGUUCCACCACCUCAGAAUCAGAUGCAGUGACCCAAACAGAGAUGGAAACUGCUACUCAGACUGAGGUGAGCAGUUCCAUUUCCACCAUUGAUACUGCCAGGCUGAUCAGGGCUUUUGGGCAUGAAAGAGUGCGGGUGUCACCAAGACUCUCCCAGCUUUAUUGUACCAUCAACCACCAGAAAAGUCGCUCUGAAAAGUGGGACAAGGGACGUGGCGAAGCGGUGGGUGUAGAAUAUCCAAAGGUUACUUCUGAGAGACACAGGAAAAGGAAAGAGAUCCAGAAUGCGAUCUCAGUUUCAUUGGAUUCAACUUCUGCAAGCAGCAGUUCUUGGGGGCCAAGCUCUGCUCUUAGUAACAAGCGACGGACUCGGAUGCUAAACAAAGGUAUCCAAGCAGGAGACUUGGAGAUUGUGAACAGUGCAACUAAGAAAAACACUCGAGAUGUUGGUGUGACUUUUCCUACCCCAAGAUCUAGCCAGCCAAAUCAACAGCCACAGGAACCCUGGCAUUGUGUUGAUGGUAUUUUUGGAGAGUCAGAUGGUACGGUCACAGAUCAUCAGGCAGCAGGAAGCAAGGAUAAGCAGAAGGGACAGCCAGGCAAUUUUUUCGUGGAGAAAAGGAUGAAAAGGAGCAGGCUGCAUUUACCACAAGGAAUUGCAUGGUUUGUCCAAGCAGACGACAUGAAAUCUGAAUCUAGGAAAGAAAACCAUUCCAGUGGAUUUUCUGGUCCUGGUCCAUCUUGGUUUGAACCACUGACCAGCACAAAGCCUUGGAGAGAGCCUCUCCGAGAGAAGAACUGGCAAGAGCAGCAGCACAGCAACGUGAUUCAGCCAGCAGUUCCAGAAAGAGAUGCUGAGAACAAGUCCUCGCGGCCGUUCGUGAAGCUGACACUACAGGAGGCUCUUGCAGUGCAUCGCCCUGAUUUCAUCUCCCGCUCUGGAGAGCGUGUGAAGCAUCUGAAGCUUGUAAUGGAGGAGAGGAGGAUGCAGAGUGUCCUGCAGUCUGAACGAGAAGAGCUAUUUCAUCCUCCAGAGAAAAGAAAGGGCUACAGGAAUGCCAGUCACAUGCUGUCUGACAGAGGUUUUCUGAUUAGAGAAAAGAGAAGAACAAUUCCAAAGAGUGAAAUGGUUCAAAGAUCUAAACGGAUCUAUGAGCAGCUGCCAGAGGUGCAGAAGAAGCGAGAGGAAGAGAAGAGAAAAAUGGAAUAUAACUCAUACCGCCUGAAGGCACAGCUUUAUAAAACGAAAAUCACCAACCAUGUCUUAGGGAGGAAGGUGCCGUGGAACUGAUACCACAAACGAAGGUGUAUCGUGCUUAGUAAACUUGCAGCAUAAGGGAGAUUGUAACGUGAAAGAGAUAAUUCAGUAAAUGCUUGUGCAGUGUAUGUUUUAUGGCGUUUGGUUGGGUCAUUUUUGUACUAAUAUAGUUUUGCUGAAUUUAAGAAUCAGUGAUUUGAUAUGAAUGUCAGGUUUUUAAAUAAAUGGCUGUUUUUUUGUAUUGAUGUUACGCACUUCCAAAGUAAACACUGGAAGUACUUGGUUCAUAAUGUAUUUAUAAUGAUCUGAUUGGAAUCGCAGUUUUAUAUAUUUAUUUUAAAUUGUUUUUAACAGUGAUUUUUUUUAUUUCCUAUCUCGAUGUAGAAGACUGACUUGUUUUGUACUGCAGAAACCCCUUAAAUAAAUAACAGAUCAGUUUGUAUGUAA